CGUGCGUCAAGCGGGAAGGGGAGGUGCUGCUUCAGCCCUGACACACACACAGGGAGCGGGAGCAGCGGCGGCAGCACAAGCAGCAGGAGGAGCCGAGGAAGCGGCUGAGGACUCCAUUGUUCCAGACGCCUGUUCGCUGCCUUCCCUUCGGCCAGAGGAAUUACAGGAUCCACGUGCGGACAGGGUCCCGAGGCAGGCGAGCACACCUUCCCCUGGCCUUUUCUCUGUGCCCCCCCGCCCCCCCCCCCCCACUCCUCUCCUCCCCGUGCUCCAGCACACAGCAGCAGUACCAGCAGAGCCGCACGCCUCUUUCAUUCCACCCGUCGCUUUGGCCGCCUUUUGUUGUGCGGAUCCGCUUGGGCUCCGCGGGAGUCAUGGAGCUGUUGGGCUGGGCGGAGGGACCGCGGAAACCCCCGAGGGGGAUGCUCCUCUGGCUGUGGGGGGCUGCGCUGCUCGGCUUCGCCGGCCGGGACGUCCAGGCGCAGGCGACGGGGGACACCAAGUCCGUGUACAUCUGGCAAGCAGGUCCAUGGGGCCGGUGCAUGGGCAGCGAGUGUGGCCCCGGGGGUCGACAGAGCCGCGCCGUGUGGUGCGCCCACGUGGACGGAUGGACCACGCUGCACACCAACUGCCCGCAGGCGGAGCGGCCCGACAACCAGCAGAGCUGCUUCCGCGUGUGCGACUGGCACCGGGAGCUGUACGACUGGCAGCGCGGGCCCUGGAGCGAGUGCGCCCCGGUGCUGGCGCGUGCCUCGGCCCCUGCGGGUGGCCGGACGGCGGGCUGCGUCCGCGGCGAGGAGGGCCUGCAGACCAGGGAGGUGUCCUGCGUGCAGAAGGCGGAUGGCGCCCCUGCCGACGACGUCAUCUGCGAGUACUUUGAGCCGAAACCGCGGCUGGAACAGGCGUGCCUCAUCCCCUGCCCGCGCGACUGCGUCGUCUCCGCCUUCGCUCCCUGGAGCACCUGUUCCAAGUCGUGUGGCGUGGGCCUGCGUACCCGCACCCGCGCCGUGCUGGCCCCGCCCCUCUUUGGAGGCUCUGCCUGCCCCAACCUCACCGAGUUCCAGACGUGCCUGCCGGGCGACUGCCAGGGAGAGGAGAGCUUCUACAGCCUGAAGGUGGGUCCCUGGGCCGACUGUGCGCUGCCCCACAUGCGCUCCGCCCGCCAGGCCCGGCGCAGGAAGAACAAGGAGCGUAACCGCGAGAAGGGUCGCGUCAAGGACCCCGAGGCCCGUGAGCUCAUCAAGAAGAAGCGCAACCGCAACCGGCAGAACCGCCUGGAGAGCAAGUUCUUCGAUCUGCAGGUGGGCUACCAGACUCGGGAGGUGACGUGCACGCACAGGAACGGAGCGCCUGCAGAACUCAGCCUGUGCUCCCAGGAGACCCUCCCCGUGGCCUUCCAGUCGUGCCUCGUCCCCAGGGAUUGCGAGGUGACCGAAUGGUCCCAGUGGGGGCCCUGCUCCAAGAAGUGCUACGACCUCAAUGGCCCUAAGGGGUCGCGAUCCCGCGCCCGGCAGGUGCAGCAGUUUCCUGUGGGUGGAGGUGCACUUUGUCCACAUCUGGAGGAGACGGAGGCCUGCGCCCCCCAGGGAGAGGGUGUGCUGCCAUGUGCCAUGUACACCUGGAAGACCACCGAGUGGACCGAGUGCAGGGUGGACACACUGCUGAGUCAGCAGGACCGGCGCCGUGGCAACCAGACGGGUUUGUGUGGUGGCGGGGUCCAGAGCAGGGAGGUGUUCUGCGUCCAGACGAACAUCGACCCGCCCCCCUCCCUCGGCGCAGUCAAAGAAGCUUCCCGUCCCGUGGACAAUGACUUGUGCUUGGGCGUGGUCCCCAACACCACUCAGCUGUGCCAAAUCCCCUGUCCUGUGGAGUGUGAAGUGUCGUCCUGGACAGCCUGGGGGCCGUGCACCUUCGAGAACUGCCAGGACCAAGCGGGAAAGAAGGGCUUCAAGCUAAGGAAGAGGACGAUCGCCAACGAGCCGACGGGCGGGCCGGGGAGCUGCCCCCACCUGACGGAGGCGGUGCCCUGCGAGGAGCCCAGCUGUUACGAGUGGCUGGUGGUGAGGCUCGAGGAGUGCAUCCCGGACAACGAGAGGACCUGCGGGCCCGGAACUCAGAUCCCAAAAGUGCAGUGCAUCAACAGUGACGGGGAGCCCGUGGAUAGGCAGUUCUGCCGAGACGCCAUCCUGCCCAUGCCCGUGGUGUGUGACGUACCCUGCCCCAAGGACUGCGCCCUCAGCCCCUGGACCCCGUGGUCGCUGUGCUCACACACCUGCUCUGGCAAGACCACCGAAGGCCGGCAGACCCGAGCACGUUCCAUCCUGGCCUACAACGCUGGGGAAGGUGGGUCUUCCUGCCCGAAUAGCAGCACCCUGCAGGAAGCGCGCAGCUGCAACGAACACCCGUGCACCGUGUACCACUGGCAAACGGGCCCCUGGGGGCAGUGCAUCGAGGACACCUCUGGCGCCGCGCUGAACGCCACGCUCGGCCGCCCUGCCGACACCUCCUGCUCCCUCGGCAUGCAGACGCGCAAGGUCAUCUGCGUCCGCGUCAACGUGGGUCAGGUGCCUCCCAAAAAGUGCCCCGAGAGCCUUCGACCAGAGACAGUGCGUCCGUGCCUGCUGCCCUGCAAGAGGGACUGCGUGGUGACGCCCUACAGCGACUGGUCCUCCUGCCCGUCCACCUGCCAAGCAGAUGGUGGUGCAAAGAGGAAGCAGUUUCGAAAACGCAUCAUCCUCCAGCUGCCAGCCAAUGGAGGACAGGACUGCCCUGAAGUGCUCUACCAGGAGCGGGAGUGCGAGGCUCCCUCUGUCUGUCCUGGAUACAGGUGGAAGACACACAAGUGGCGCCGCUGUCAGCUUGUACCAUGGUACAUCCGCCAGGAUAGCCCAGGAGCCCAGGAAACCUGUGGCCCGGGACUGCAGACUCGAGCCGUCUCCUGCCGGAAGCUGGAUGGCGGACAGGUGGACGUUGGGGAGUGCUUGAAAUUUGCCAGCCCCAUGCCCCCCAUAACCCAACCCUGCCAGCUACCUUGUCAGGACGACUGCCAGCUCACGGGGUGGUCCAAGUUUUCGCCAUGCUCCGCUGACUGCGGAGGCGUCCGGACCCGGAAGAGGACUCUCGUGGGAAAGAGUAAAAAGAGAGACCAGUGCAAGAACACACAGCUGUACCCACUGAGUGAAACACAGUACUGCCCAUGUGACAAAUACAACGCGCAGCCCGUGGGGAACUGGUCCGAUUGCAUCCUGCCGGAGAGCGGCCGGGUGGAGGGCAUCCUGGGCAUGAAGGUCCAAGGCGACAUCAAGGAGUGCGGCCAGGGCCACCGCUACCAAGCCAUGGCUUGCUACGACCAAGACAACCGCCUGGUGGAGACAUCCCGCUGCAACAGCCAUGGCUACAUCGAGGAGGCCUGCAUCAUCCCCUGCCCGUCCGACUGCAAGCUCAGCGAAUGGUCCAACUGGUCUCGCUGCAGCAAGUCCUGUGGCAGCGGCGUCAAAGUCCGGUCCAAGUGGCUCCGAGAGAAGCCGUACAACGGUGGUCGACCCUGCCCCAAACUCGACCAUGUGAACCAGGCCCAGGUGUACGAGGUGGUACCCUGCGUCAGCGACUGCAGCCAGUACGUGUGGGUAGCCGAGCCCUGGAGCGUGUGGAAGGUCAGCAACGUGGACGUGAAGGAGAACUGCGGGGAAGGCGUGCAGACCAGGAAAGUCCGGUGUAUGCUCAACACGAUGGACGGGCCCUCGGACCCCGUGGAGGACUACCUGUGCGACCCCGAGGAGAUGCCUCUUGGGGCCCGGGAGAGCCGCCUGCCUUGCCCAGAGGACUGCGUUCUGUCUGACUGGGGUCCCUGGACCCGCUGCAACCUGCCGUGCGACGGCCGCGGCACGCGGGAGAGGACGGCGCACCCCAUCCGCAUGCCGGGGGAGGAGAAGCAGUGUCCGCCCACCACGCAGGCCGAGCCCUGCACCCUGAACCAGAACUGCUACCACUACUCCUAUAACAUCACAGACUGGAGCACCUGCCAGCUGAGCGAGAAGGCCGUGUGCGGAGCAGGGAUCAAGACGCGCAUGCUGGACUGCGUCCGCAGUGACGGCAAGUCGGUGGACCUCAAGUACUGCGAGGAGCUGGGCCUGGAGAAGAAGUGGCAGAUGAACAUCUCCUGCACGGUGGAGUGCCCAGUCAACUGCCAGCUCUCGGACUGGUCGACCUGGUCCGGGUGCUCCCACGCGUGCGGGCUUGCAGGGAAGAUGUGGCGCAGGAGAUCCGUGACCCAGGCCUCCCAGGGCGACGGGAGACCCUGCCCCACGCAGAUGGAGCAGUGGAAGCCCUGCCCUGCCCGGCCCUGCUACAGAUGGCGCUACAGCUCCUGGUCCGAGUGCAAAGCUGAGGAUGCAAAGUGCGGGGCAGGCGUGCGGUGGCGGAACGUGUCGUGCUUUGUGUCGGAUGGCGGCAGAGAGGCCGAGGGCAGCAUGGUGGACGAGGAGCUCUGCGGAGAUGUGGAGCUGUCAGUGGACGGGGACAAGCAGAUCGUCCUGGAGGAGCCGUGCACAGUGCCCUGCCCAGGGGACUGCUACCUGACCGAGUGGACGACCUGGAGCCCCUGCCAGCCGAGCUGCGCGAACGGCGCGGAUCUCGGGCUCGGCUCCGUCCGAGUCCGCUCCCGGGCCGUGAUCGCCCAGGAACCGGACAGCCUGAUACAAUGUCCGGAACAGGAAUGGGAGUCCCGGCCGUGCGCAGGUGGAGAGUGUUACGACUACAGCUGGACGGCGGGACCGUGGAAAGGGUCCUCGCGCCUCGUGUGGUGCCGGCGGUCGGACGGACUGAACGUCACAGGAGGAUGUCCCUCGGCCAGCAGGCCCGUGUCCGACAGGUCGUGUGACCCAGCGUGCGACAAGCCCAGGUCCUACUGCACUGAGGCCGGGGUGUGCGGCUGCGAGGAAGGCUACACGGAGGUGAUGACGUCGGACGGCCUUCUGGACCAGUGCACGCUGAUACCGGUGCUGGAGAUCCCGACAGCGGGCGACAGCAAGGCCGACGUCAAGACCAUCCGGGCGGCGAACCCCACCCUGCCCACAUCCAACCAACCCGGCCGAUCCGGCCGCACCUGGUUCCUCCAGCCUUUUGGACCCGAUGGCAGGCUCAAGACGUGGGUGUACGGCGUGGCCGCAGGGGUGCUCGUCUUACUCGUAUUUAUCAUCUCCAUGACCUAUCUAGCUUGCAAAAAGCCAAAGAAACCUCAGCGAAGACAGAACAACAGACUGAAACCCUUGACCCUGGCCUACGAUGGAGAUGCAGACAUGUAGGCUGACCUCGGACCCUGACCCACCAUGGAAACGCUAACGUGCAGGCUGACCUCCGACCCCAAAUGACCAUGGAAACAUUCAUAAACACGUAGACUGACCUCUUACCUCUGGCCUACGGUGAAAACGGGGAAGCGUGAACGGACCGACCCGGGACAGAGACCCCGAGGGCCGUGCCGGGACGGAGCUGCGUCUCCGUGGAGACCAGGCCCACGGUACUACGGGGAACUGCGAUCGGCUUCGGCCUCCCCCGAAUCAAAGAAAGAAAGACAUAAAAACUGAGUAAGAAAGCCGCUUCGCGGGCUGAGAAGCCCCAGUAGAGAGAAUAUGCGUGUUUAGCAGUAGCCCUCCGUGUUCCGCUUCCUUCUCGUCCCUGUUUCACAAGAGCCUUCUGGAACUCUCCGGGCGAAGCGGAAGUUUGCCUUUUCUUUUCUGUUUACUUUGUCGUGAAAACACACGCCGGUUCGCCGGGGCCCCGUGUUUUCCGCGAGGCGGGCGGAGGGCGGCCGAGGAGACGGAUGAGCGACGGCUCCCCCGCCGAGGGACACGCGCCGGACCGCGCCCUUCGGCC